AUGUCCGGCUAUUCCAAGAACCAAUUUGACGGCGACCAAAGCGCCAGGACUAUGGAGGCUGGCGCCUCUGCCGCCCACAAGAACAUCGAUCUCAAUGAGGGUAUCCAUGAAGAGUCUCAGAUCAGAAGCGAGCCUGUGGGUGCCAAGACGUCUGGAGCUGGUACUUCGAUGUUCAGCUCAGAGGGCUCCAUUGGGAAGCAGUUUACAACUCAAGGAGCCAUUGGUGGCACUGCACAGAAACUUGGAGGUCCUUUCGAUGCGCAGGGCGCCAUUGGAAAGCAAUUUACGGAUAAAGGAUCGAUUGGCGGUACGGUGCAGGAGCACUUGGGCAAGGGCGAGUCCAACAGCAUCAGGAAGUAA